AUGGCCGACGACGAAAAGAAAGAGCCUUCCGUCGCCGACCUGAAGGAAAUUGCUUCAAAUGCCGACGCACCUGAAGACAAACUCCAAGCCGCAGCCGCCCAAGCCGAAGCCGCUCUCAGCUCCUACAAAACCGCCUCGACCCUUCGCGAAGCCGCAAACGCCAUCCGCGACCCGGCCAAGCGUGAAAAGUACCUGCGCGAUGCGUACGACAAGGAAAUCGAAGCCCAUGGCAACUCUAAGAAAGCGCGCAUGCUGCAGUCUGGCGCUUUCCAGGGGACUGUUGGAGGGGCGGGGAUAGGUGCUGUGGUUGCGGGCGGACUGGGGACGGUGGUGGGCACUGUCGUUGGCACGGUUACGGCAGUGCCGGCGACGGCUGUGGGAGGGCUGGUGGGCGCAGGGGUAGGGUUGGGGCAUGGAAGUUGGAUCAAGUUGGGCAAGCUGGGAGAUGGGAAGAAUGGGAAAGGUAAGAAGGGCCAGAAUGAGGAAGACAAGGAAGGGGACGGUGGUGAUGAGAACAAGGAGAACGAGGGAGGGGAUGGAGGACAGCAGAGCGAAGAGGUUGAUGUUGAUGAUGCGGUGCCGAAUCCGGAGAUGUUGAGGCAAGCUGCUGAGGACAUCAAGAAGGAGAGAGAACGAGGAAGUCUAGACACAGAAGGAGGUGCUGAGGUUGAGAAGGAGAAGAGGAAGCCGAGGAAACUGAGCAGGCAGGAGAGCGAGCAGGGCCAACCCAAGGAACAAAAGACAGAGAAAAGGAAGCCUAGGAAGAUCGAAGUACGGAGUAGUAAACCAGAGGCGGCUGCAGUCUGA